UAUUUAAGCCGAAGGAAAAGGUCCAAAAUAGUUUCACUAUGCUCUGAAUUGGAUCAUUAUCUCUGUGAGGAUAUUAGUCCUCGAAGUUCAAAUGUUGGGGUUUUGGAUUGGUGGAGGGUGAAUGCUGGAAAAUACCCACUUUUGCAAGAGGUAGCAAGAGAUUUGCUUGCUGUACCAGUGACCUCUGUGGCCUCUGAGUCAGCCUUCAGCUCUGGUGGUAGGCUGCUAGAUCCUCACCGAAGUAGGCUGCACUUUGAAACUGUCGAGGCACUCAUGUGCACCCGUAGCUGGAUUCAGAGUGACAUUUGCAAAGAUGCUGGAAAGGCUGACAUUCAAGGUUUGGAGACUUGCUUCUCUGCAAUGACAAUGGAGGAUCCAAGUUGUGAAGAGUUUACGAAAGAAGAUUUUCAAGGUAGCCAGAGUCGUACACUCUUGGACAUUGAAGAUUGAAGUGUGCUGCUAGUGAAUGGUGAUUGACUGAUUGUUGUGCUGGGCUGCUGGAUUUUGUUUGCUGACUGAUUGCUUGAUGAUGGUGCUGCUCGAUAAGACUGAAACUGAAAGGUGAAGAGAACUACUGCAACUGCCGCUCUUUUUUGUUGUUUGGUUCAAUUUGGAACUUGUUUUUUUUUUCGUUUGGUUUAUGGCUAUAUGCCUUUAUGGAUGUUGGAAUCCAAUUUCGAACAUGUUUGGAUGAUGAAUUAUUGAUGU